UUUCUUUGUGUAUACGCACGCACGUGCGCACACACACACACACAUAUAUAUAUAUAUAUAUAUGUUACCACUAGUUUUAUUAUGAUUCUCUUGUUCUCAAUCUAUUUUCCUAAGCAUGUGGUAUUGUUGAUUGGGUUUGACUUAGAUUUUUCUGUCUAUGCGAUAGAUGCUUAAGUUUUGCAGUUCAGUUACUUAAGUUAUCUGGGUGUGAUUAAAAAUGUGCAGCUUGGAAUUAUUGAUGAUAAUUUAUUUUGGGAAUCAUUAUAAGUUUAACUCCGGUGUAUCACCAUAUUUUGGACAUGAAACUUCCUUUGCAAAUUGUCUAUGUGGUUGAGUUUUGGCUUUUACUUAUGUUUUUAAUUUCUCUUUUAGAUUUAUUAUCCCCUAGAUUCAUGAGUGCAAGUACUAAAAGUGUCAUUCUCUUUGAUCAUAAGACUCAUAUGUACUAUGACACAAUGGAAUGUACUAUGUUCCCUUCCUUUAUAUUUUGAAUUAAGAUUCUGCACGUUGGGAAAGUUUGAGGAAAGAAAUUUAAUAUGGAUUAUCUAAGUCCUGGAAUUUGGAUGUAUCAUUUCUAUUUUCUGUUCUUCUUUAUGGUUUCAUCACUUUCAUGGGUGUCAAAUGACGUGAUUUUGAUUUGAUUUCUGACUAUGUGAGCAUUGAUUUUGCAUCUAAGAGUUUUAGUUGCCUCCUUCAAUGACUUCAAGAAUGUGUAAAAGGGUGGUUAAGCUUUCAUAAUAAUAAUAACAACAUUUUUUAGCCCAUUUUCUCAAAAUUGGAAUUUUGAUGCUAAGAAAGGUUAUAUUUUUUUCUGUACACAGAAGUAUAUAUAUGUUUAUACCUGCUGUUCUCUUAUUCUUUCAAUUGAAAGCAUUAGGAAUUUGCAUCUACAGUGUCAUCUUGAUCUGCAUCCUUUGUUCAUAUUUGAGUUCUGGUGAAAGAACUUCCUGCUGUUUGUGAUAGCUUGAGUUGCUUUGUGAGUAAAGGAAAAGGCUAAGCUCCACGUAGGAAUUAGAUUACAUUUAAGGACUGUCAAAGGAUGACGGUUUUAAAGCGGUAUGUGCUCCGGUUGUUCAUAUCUAUAAAGUACAUCACGGCAAAUGUGGUGGACAGAAAUAAUGGACGAAUUGUUGUAACAGCAUCAACAGUUGAACAUUCUAUCAAGGACUCACUUGAGUGUGGUCGGUCUUGCAAUGCAAAAGCAGCUGCUGUUGUUGGAGAGGUGUUGGCUAUGCGACUCAGGGUGGAGGGUCUUGAACAGGGGCAGGGCAGAGGGAUUCAUGUUGAUUUAAACAAGGAAAUAGAGAAGAAGGGCUUUAAAAACCGCACUAAGAUCUGGGCCAUUGUCAAUUCUCUUAGGAACAAUGGAGUCAAACUUAUUUUGGAUGAUGAUGAUGAUAGUACAUCCCGGCCAAGUUAAUAAAAAAGGUUCCUGCAUUUUUCCUCUUGGUAUUAUAUAUAGAAGAUAGCUUUACAAAUGUUUUGUUAUAGAAAUUUUUGUUUUCUUGCAAAGAAGAAAAUGGAUACAGGAGCAUGUCUUUAGAAUUUUAAAUUUGAUAUGCAACAAAAAUGCUAAUAGAGGUAGUUGGCUAAUCUAGCUGGUAAUUAUAAUUCUCACUUCUGCUUUACACUCA